AUGGAAGGAGCUUUGAAGAAACAGUUAUUCCAUUUCCAUGGUGGAGUUGUGUCUUUUAACUGCAAACAAGCAACAAAGCACUAUAUUCGAACUCCAUCGAUUCGCCUGAUGUCGUCGACAGGCAUAACUGAGAACCUGAGUUCUUCAGUCCAUCUGAAACUGUUUAAAACAAGAAGUGAACAAAGAGAUGCUGUCAAGGUUUGUGCAGUGAGGAGGAGAAGGAUAUAUCACAAUAGUGAAACUUAUGUAUUGCUGGAACCAGGAGAGGAUGAGAAGUUUGUUUCAGAGGAAGAGUUGAGGGCUAAGUUAAAAGGUCGGCUGGAAAACUGGCCAGCCAAGAACCUUCCCCCUGACCUUGCAAGAUUUGAAAGCAUUGAUGAUGCUGUUUCCUAUCUAGUGAGGUCUGUUUGUGAACUUGAAAUCCAUGGAGAUGUUGGCUCAGUCCAAUGGUAUGAAGUUCGAUUGGAGUGA